AUGAUCGUUGACGGUUACUCAGUGCUUUUCUUAUUUACUGGUGGCCUUCUGAUCAUCAUAAUUCUGGCAAUAUUUGUACAGCGACAGAUAUUUCGUAUGCGUGACAAUAGCGUUCGUCGCGAAGCCAAUAUUAUUGUUGGAGCAGGUCUAUCAAAGCGUAAAAAAGAAGAGCUUGACCGAGGCAUUGAAAUUGUUCGGCAGUUCCAUCUCUUGCGUGCUCCCAAGUUUACCGAAAUUGGAACUAUUGCAGAACAACGACAAUUAGAGUUCAUAAAUGGAGAUUUAAGUCGUAUAGCUGGUGAAUCAAUGUAUGCAUAUUUAUAUCGAAUUCGCCAAGUAGCCUUACCUUCAUUAUCAGAACAUUUGUGCGAGCGAGUAGGUUCGCUAGCUGAACACUGCAGAUACAGACAUCAGCCAUUUGGAGAAGCGGAAUUAACAGAAACUCGUGCGUUGAUCAAAGAAAUCGUCAGAAUAUUGAAUAAUGAACAAGAACGUCUUUCAGCUCUUAAUUUCAAAGAGUCAACGGGUUCAACGUUGCAAGGGAUUACAAAGAGGUUGACAGCAGGAGAAAAUAAAAAAACGAAAUAUAAGAAGAUUCCAGUUCUAAAUGCAAAUUUGAGUGCUGUGAAACGAUUACCGAUUCAUAAGGAUCAGAAACGAUCGAAAAGAUCGGAAGGUGAUCAGAAAAAAUUACUGACUGCUGAUGGGGCGAAUUCCUCCAAGUCCCCUAAUGAUUCAUUUGAUUCCCGUAAAACUGCGGCAGAUGUUUAUGGUGCAAAAACUUCCGAAUGUGCGCCACUUAUCAAAAAUUCCUAA